AUGACCUGCGUCUGCCGUUUCCCUUUCUUUUCCCACGCUCUCCGCAUGGCCCCGCGCUCGCUUUCCCCUCCGUCCUCUGCCCGUUUCAAGCAGUUAGGGUUCCUGGCAGAGCUAUCAGGGUCCCGGCGCUACGCGAACAACGACCUCGUGCCCAACUCAGGAGGAGCUUCCGGUGCCGCUGACAUGCCGCUGGGAGGAGCGGCAGACGAAGACGACGGCGGGCUAUUUGGAAAUCAAGGGCUGGAAUUAGACGUGGAGAAGAUCCUAGGGCCCGCAGCUGAGCUUUCCACCUCCCUGGGAUUGCCGGCGCUGACGAGGCGAGCGGCUCAGGGGGGAGGGGGGUCCGUGGAUUUCGGGGGGGAGUUGGACGAUGACGCCCAAUCGUCGUUCUCGCUGAACCGCGCGGAAGAUGCUGCUGCUGGGUCGUUCGUGGGGUCGCACCUGCUUGAAGGGCUGGCUCCCGUGGGGGGCAGCAUGGACGACGGGUUUGCAGAAAGCAGGGGAGGGCGGGGGGGAAGCAGGGCAAGCCGAGGGUCGGACGGUGGGAGCACGCCUCGGAACAACGAUUUGGUGAGGCAAGAUUCUCAGACGCUCGUGUCUCCUGCGCGAGCAGCUGCGGGAGCCGUUGCAGCCGCCUACUCCCGCCACAGGCGCCCGGGUGGGCGCAUGAGUGAACCCAGGGACGCGGCGGGCGCAGCAGCAGGCGCGAGCAGCCCUGGGGGAGGGAACAGCGUGGAGGCGUCGGUGGUGGCUGUGGUGGAAGGGCAGUACGGGAGGGAGAAGGAUGGAGCUCACACGCCCAGGCAAAGGAGCGGUGCUGAAGGGGGAUUCGUUUUACGGAGAACUGGUAGCGGUGUGGAUGUUGCCCAUCCUGCUCUUGGCGGCACAUCCGGGUGUGGUUCGGAACAUCCGGGUUACCGCCCCGCUCUUGGCGGCAUGAACACUACCGCUGGAGGGGGUGCUAUGGUGGGUGUGACCAGUGGCGCGUCUUCUCAAUCUGGGUAUACUGUGGAUUCGGCUGCGGCCACUGCUGGCGUCACGGCAUCAGGCGCAGGUGCAGGGGAGGAGGCUGUAGGCACUCCUAGGCUGAUGAGAUCGCGAGUGGUCCGACAGUCGUCCUCCGUUGCGUCCUUGUCCUUUGAUGAGAUAGCAGAGGAGGCUGUGCAGAGUGCAGAGCGCGAACGGCAGCAGCAGCAGCAGCAGCAGCAGCAGCAGCAGCAGCAGCAGCAGCAGCAGCAGCAGCAGCAGCAGCAGCAGCAGCAGCAGCAGCAGCAGCAGCAGCAGCAGCAGCAGCAGCAGCAGCAGCAGCAGCAGCAGCAGCAGAAGCAGCAGCAGCAGCAGCUGCCUCAGCUGCAGGAGGAAGGGACACUGAUGGGGUCACUGACGUUUGGCAUGUUGGUUGCUGAGGGUGCCUCGGAUGACCCGAUAAAGGUAAGGGACGGCCCGCCAGACGGGGGUGUGAGUCCCGUGCCUGUCAAGUCGUCCUUCUCACGCGGGUCAGGGCCUCGCUGGGAUGAACUCUCGGACCUUGGCACAGUGCGGGGGAAGCUGGAGCUUGGAGCGCGGCAAGGGGUUGGAGAGGCGCUGGGAGGAGACGGCUCUGAUGCUUCGAGGGACGGUGCUGGGGGUGCAGCGGACGAGGCGCGGAUUGGUAUGGGCCAGAGUGAGAGUGAGAAGGAAGUGGAAAGGGGGACGUCUGCAGCGGGGAGUGUUGCUGGUGGGCAGGACGUGGGCGGUGGGUUGCGGGAGCAUGAGAGGCAGCGGGAGCAUGAGAGGCAGCGGGAGAAGAUGCGGGAGCUGGUGCGGGAGAGGGCCAAGGCUCGCAUUGAGAAGCGGGAUAAGGAGAAGGAACGGGCGCAGAGAGAGGUGGGGGGGAGGGAGAGGGAAGGGUCUGAGGACGAGCGGAGGCAGAAGGAGAGGGAGAGGGAGCUGAGGAAGGAGAGGGCACAGGAGCGCGUGAGGGAGAGGAUGAAGGUGCGAGGGUUCGACAGUGGUGCGAGUGACGCGGAUGGGGCGUCCAGCGUAGGGGGCAGCAGCAGAGCAGGGGCCACAUCGUCAGCAGGGGGGGCAGGUGCAGGAGCGGGAGCGGCAGGGACAAGCGCAUUGCCACUGCCACCAGGUGUAUCGGACCGCUCAGGACUGGAAAAAGACCUGCUUGCUCCGCCGCUGCCCAAGCUCUUCUCUGGAACCACAGGGGCAGGGUUUCCAGAGAGAAGCGGGGCGGCGGGUGGAGGGGCAGAUGAAGGGGCUCUGCCGCCACCCCCAUCGCACAUGGAUAGAUUGAGGCGCGGGCAGAGCGGUGAGAGCUCUGCUGGCGCUACUGUGGGUACCGCUGGUGCCUCUGGUGGUGCUGGUGGGAGCUUUGGAGUGGCAGGUGCAGGGAGUGCAAGACCAAGACGGGGGAUACUCAGCCUGGUGCAGAAACCGGGGGAGGAUGAUUCGUCCUCGGUUUCAGCGAGGGAGAGAGUGCGGGAGAGGGAGCGAGAGAGGGAGAGGGAGAGACUGGAGCGGGGUGAUGCAAGGAGGGACACGGGGAGAGGGGAGGGAGAAACGGUACAAGGGCGGGGAGGCGUGGUGUGGGGCCUGCCUGCUGAUGGCGACCCAGGCACCAUUGCAGCAGCGGCGGCUGCUGCGGCUGCAGCAAGGGGUUUGAGCAGCGCGGAUGCUGGUGUGGGCGAGAGGGAGAGAGACGACGGGCCACCUUCCCCUGCGUCUAGCGGUCGAAGUGGGAGCAGGAGGGGCAGUGCAAGGGAGGGCGAUGGCGGAGGGAGGGAGUAUGGCCCUGGGCCAGGCAGUAUGGACGGGUCGGAAGGAUCACGAGGAGGGGCGGUCCCUGGAGCAGGGCUGGUCACAGGAAUUCCCGGGCAGGGGUAUGGGCAAGCGUACGCGCAGCAGCCGUAUAGGCAAGUGCCAGGGCUGGUUUCCGGGCAAGUUUCUGGGUACGUGCCAGGGCAGAGACGGGACGAGCAGGGGAUGGGUAUGGACGGGGAUUCAGGGGGUGGAGAGCGGUGGCGGGGUGUGCGUGACGGGAGUUUUGUGAGGGAUGUUUCUGUGGGGGCCGCGUUGGGGCCUGGUGGCGGCAGCAGCAGCGGUGGGACAGACUAUGCAGCUGCGUAUCCGCUUGCUAGGCAAGGCUCGGGGGGUGUUCUGAGCGGGGGGGUAGGAGCGGUGGUUCAACCCAUUGCUCGACAGGGAUCAGCAGGCGCGUUGAAUGGACUUGGAGGGCCCAUGGGUGGGAGCUACUACGACCUGGUGGUUCAGCAGAGGGCCAAUGCGGCAGCCAUGGCGGGUUCAGGCCCGUAUGGGGCGGUGGGCCAAGGCACGUAUGGUGCUGGUGCUGCUGGUACGGACAGAUACGGAGCUGGGGACGCUGCUGGUGGUGGUGGUGUUGGUGGUGUUGUGGGGGGGAUGGGAGCUGGGAUGGGAGGGGUGCCAGGGGUUGGAGGCCGGUACGGAGGAGUGGGGGCAGGCAUGGGUGCAGGGUACGGUGCAGCAGGCAUGGGUGCAGGGUAUGGUGCAGCAGGUAUGGGUGCAGGGUACGGUGCAGCAGGGCAAGGCAGCUACUCGGGGUACAGGCCAGGCUUGGGUAUGCCUGGAGCAGCAGCAGGAGGGAGAGCAGGCAUGGGAGGAGUAGGAGGGCUUGCUGGUGGGACGUAUGGCUAUGGGUAUGGUGCUGGGGUGGGCCCUGGGGUUGGUACUGCUGUCCCGGGCGGAGUCCCUGGCGCUGCUGCUGGUGGUGUCGACGGUGGUGGUGGUGGUGCAGGCGAGACGCGUGUAGAGAUGGAGCAUAGAGUACAGGUGGUGGCCAAGGUAGCAGACUGGCUGGUGAGUGCGGAUAUGGAUGCCCCACCGCCCAGCCACGUGUCCCUGGGCGCCCGUGACUCGGAGUAUGGUGUGAGCGCAGAGCUAGAGGAUGAGUCCCUCGCAGGGUCAAUAGGAGAGGGUCUGCGCCGCCCCAUGUCCCCCAUGCGCGGCCGCGACCCCCCCGUCCGCAUCCCCCUCCCGGCGUUCCGGCGAGCAGGGGAUGGGUCUGGUGCGGGUGCGGGAGGGGGAGGGGGAGGUGCGGGCGGGGCAGGUUCGGCAGCCGGGAGGUAUGGGGCUGGUGCGGGGGUGCGUGUGCCUAAGGGCUAUGUGCGGAAGCCGUAUGUGCCGUACUGGAGGCGGGAGGCUGCAGGGAGCAUGCCGGAAGAGGAUGGGGAGUCUGGGAGCUAUACUGGGGGGGGAGAAGCAGCAGAUGGCGCGGGGAGAAGAGGAGGCGGUGCAGCUGGGAGCAGUGCUGGUAGUAGUGCUGCUGGUGGGGGUGGGUAUGGGGGCGGGUAUGGAGGUGGUGGGGGCGGGUACGGGGGCGGUGGGGGCGGGUAUGGGGGCGGUGGGGGCGGGUAUGGGGGUGGUGGGGGCGGGUAUGGGGCUCGUGGGGCCGGAUAUGGCAGUGGUGAUGGGGGGAGUGGUGCGGGGAGAAUGAGUGGGGCGAGUUCGGCGCUAAGUGCUGGUCUGUGGAAGCGAGACCCUGCUCUGAAGCCCACGGUGGUGCGGGGCGUGGUGGGGCAGGCUAACAAGUACACACCCAAUGUGAAGCCCAGGCCCAUGCCCGCCCCGCCCACGACACAGGAAGGAGAUGGGGCCACGGAGAGCAAGCAGAGCGGGAGGCAGGCACGCGGUCGGGACGAUGUGAGCCAGGGUAUAGAGGCUGGGCGCGUGGGUGAGAUGGUGGAGAAGAUUCUGAGUGGGAAGCUGGGCGAUGGGGGACGGAUGAGAGGAGAGGAGGAGGAGGAGGAUGAGGAGGAGGAGGAGGAGGAGGAGGAGGAGGGAGGAUCGGAGGAGGAGAUGGAGGAAAUGGAGGAGAUGGGUGAGAAGAGGGAGACGGGGGAGAGAGGUGAGGGUCGUACAGUGGGUGUACGGAGAAGAGUGAGACGUGGGAGGGGGAAGGUGCAGAUGAAGGGAAUAAAGGAGAUGGGGAGCAGGGAUGGUGAGGCUGGGAGUGACGGUGAGGGGAGCGAGGGGAGUAGGGAGGAGGAAGAGGAGGAAGAGGAGGGGGUGAAGGGUGAUGGAGGGAAGGGGCGGUUGAGAAGGGGCAGGGACGGCGGGAGUAGCAUUCGAGCGAUCAAGGAGAGGUUGGCACGGGGAAGUGCAGGGGGGAAGAGAAGGGACGAAGGUAAUGAUGAAGCAGAAGCAGGGCCUGGUUCACAAGAAGAGAAGAAACCAGAUGGGGAAAAGAAUUCAGAAGGAGACAAGAAACCAGACGAGGACAAGAAACCAGAAGUGCCACCUCCACCACCUCCCGCUCCUGCUCCACCCCCUCCUCCACCACCACCCCCUCCUCCCCCCCCGACUCUACCUGACAAACCCGCACCCGCUCCUCCGCCGCCACCCCCUGGUCCCAAGGGCAAGGGGCCUCCCCCUCCCCCGCCUCCGCCCAAGGGCAAGGGUCCCCCUCCCCCUCCCCCGCCUGGAGGCAAGGGGAAGUUCCCCCCGCCGCCUCCCCUGGGGGGCAAGCGGGGUGGGCGCGCCAUAGUGAACUGGAACCCUGUGAAUGCAGGGGACGACUCCAUCUGGAAGGGCAAGCUAGACAUUGGCGUGAACAUAGACAUAGGCGACUUGAAGAAGGAGUUUGAGGGCAAGAAGGUCGAGGCACCCAAGCCCCUCAAGACCGUUGCUCCCAAGAAAGUCAAGAUCCGCCUCCUGGACGAGAAGAAGGGGCGCAACAUGGAAAUCGCUCUGCGCAGCAUCAAGAAGGACCCUCGCGACCUCGUCCGCUGUCUACUGACGCUGGACGCGGCGGCACUGGGCGAGUCAACGGAGUCGUUUGUGGAGACGCUGCUCAAGUACCAGCCCACGCCCGAGGAGAACAAGCUGCUCAAGGGGUACAAAGGCGACUUUGACGAGCUAGGGCCAGCUGAACAGGUGUUUCUGCUGCUGCUGCCAGUGGAUCGGUUGGAGGUGAAGCUCAAAGUGCUGCGCUACCGCAUCUUCCUCUCCGAACGAAGCAAGGGGUUGUUAGACACUCUGCAGUUUGUGAUCUCCGUCUCAGAAAAGGUGCAGCAGUCGACGCUGCUGAAAACCGUGCUGCUGGUGAUUCUCAAGAUAGGCAACAUGCUCAACGAGGGCACCAGCAAAGGGCGAGUGGAGGGCUUUGCAGCCAAGGACUUGAAGCAGGUGGUGCGCACCAAGGGCCUCAUGGCUUACCUCAUCAAGGUCCUAGGCGAGGGGCAGCCUGAGCUGCUGACGUUUUGGAAAGAGUAUUUUGUGGGGUCACGAAACCUGCUGGAAGAAGCACGCAAGGUGGAGUUUGGUGCGCUACAGGAGGCGGUGUCAGAGGUUGAAAAGGAGGCUGCGGCCGCUAAGAGAGAGCUGGCUGCUGUGGACAAGCAGAUGGAGCAGGAGAGAGAGCGCAGAGAGAAGCUGGAGGCAGAGAGGAAGGCGGAGGAGGAAGCGGAGGAGGGGGGGGAGAAGGAGGAGGGGAGUGUGGAAGGGUUGAGUGAGGAGGAGAGGAGUCGGAAGGAGGAGGAGAGGAAGAAAAAGGAGGAGGCGAAGGCGAAGAGGGCAGAGGAGACAGCUGAGGCAGAUCACAAGGGGAAGGAAUUGGCGUCAAUGCACGAGGCCCUGGAGUAUUUCAUCAAGAAUGAGGUGGAGCCAGUGCUGUCGCAGCUGCACGACCUGCACUCCCAAAUGAAGGAGACAACAGCCUCCCUGUCACGCUACUUCGGAGGAGACGCCAAGACCGCUCCUUUCACACUCACAUUUCCCUCCCUCUUUUCUGCCCUGGUCCGGUGCUAUCCCUCCCUCCAAUCUCCGCCGUUCUCCUCUGCUUCCUCUCGCCCCACUGUCACCCGUCCUUUUCGUAUAAAUAAUACUCCAUCCGUCCACCUGUCUCUUGCGCUCUCCUUGCCAACAGUUGCUGAGGUGCUGAGUGAUUUCAUCGCCAAGUUCCGAACAGACGUGGCGGACUAUGAGAAGAAGAAGAAGGCCCUGGAGGAGGAGCAGAGGCGCAAGAAGAAAGUAGCGGAGGAGGAGCAACGGAAGAGGCAGGCAGAGCUGCUCAAGGAGCAGCAGCAGGCAGAGCUUCUGAGCCGCGUAGCAUCCAGCAGAGAGGGAUUGAUGGAGGCGGUUAGUAGAGGCGACAAGGCAGCUGCUGCUGCGAUGGCAGAGGAAGAAGCGGAGGAGAAAGAGAAGGAGAAGGAGGAAGGCGGAGGGGUAGCAGGCGGGCGGUCAGCUUCUCUGUCGCGAGCAGCGGUGGUAGCGGCAACCAUGGCUGGAAGGCGCAGUGCCAUGGAUGAUGGGUCUGAGUCAGAUGAUGAUGAGGAGGAGGAUGAUGAUGCAGUGGUGGUGGCAUCACAGCCAUCGCAAGAGGCUGGCAGCGUGGGGUCGUCGAGAGCGUCAACGGCUGCUCUGCUGCGUGCGCAUGUGCAGCAGCGGAGGGCGGUGGCUCUGUCUGAUGAUAGCGAAGAGGAGUCGUCUGAUGAGGACGUGCCGCACCAGCGCGCGGAUACGGUGUCUAUGCCAACGCCAUUGUGA